UGAUGAACAGGCACCGCGUUAGUCACCUUUACUCCGGGUCCUUCGUGUGGAUGAAAAAAGAUGGCGGCGUCCAUUCUGUGCAGGAGGACUGCAGUGUUAUGUAGGACUUUGAAAGGGAUUUCAUCUUCAAAAACUGUACUUUCUGCGAACUGUCAAAGUGGGUUUCUACUGCAGACAGCGUGCUAUAACCCAAAGCCUUUAAAGCUGAACCUCCGCGAGCCGUUUGUUCCAGACAAGGACAGCGAGAAGACGCCGGAGUGGCAGAAGACGGCCCGGUAUGACAGGAAGGUGUUCGGGCGGUACGGCUCGGCGUCAGGCAUCGAUCCUGCCUCACUGUGGCCCAGCCAUGAGGAGCUGGACAAGAUCAUCGCAGAGGAGAACGAGUGGCACCCUCCGUUAGAGGUGAUGCUGAGGAACAUCGCGGCAAAGGAGAAGCAGGAAGCCGAAAAACGGUUGGCAAAAGAGAAACUCAUAGCAGCGAACAUGGCCAAAAUGCCCAAGAUGGUUGCGGAUUGGCGCAGAGAAAAGCGUGAAACCAAGCACAAGCUAAAGGAGGAGAAAGCUCGCCGUGCAAAGUUGCUGGCUGAGGCCAGAGAGCGUUUUGGCUACGCAGUGGACCCCCGCAGCCCCAAGUUCUUGGAAAUGGUUGCUGAAAUAGAAAAGGAAGAGAAGAAGAAGAAGAAACUAAUGAAACGCAGACUGAAAGAUGAGCAGGUGGCACCCGCUGUCACACCUCCUGCUGCCUCCUCAUAGUCAUUUCAGACAAAUAAGUAUUUAGAAGAAUGGAAGGGGUGCUGCAUAACAAAAACUCACCUGAAAAACAGACUUUCCGUGUUUUGUGUUACCUGAUGGCAUAUGUAAUGACUUGGAAUAAAGAACCCUUACAUGUUUUUAUUUUUUUUCUUCUGUAAAAAAAAAACAAUUAAAAAAAUCCAGGGUU